AUGAUUCAAACCACGACACAGGCUAACUUAAUAAAUAGAACUCCCCUUUCUGAACCUUUCAACAGUUAUAUAAUAAUCAAUUGGGGGGGAUUUUUAGAUCAAGAGAUGAGUUUAGAAGAUACUUUAUCCAAUGUAUCACUUUAUGAUGCCAAGAAGUAUUUUAGAAAGGCUCAAAAUGUAGUCUUUAACUAUACAGAGAUGGAAGCUAAGGUACGUGAAGCUACUAAUAAUGAACCAUGGGGGACAUCAUCGACGUUAAUGGAAUAUAUUGCCCAAGGAACCUAUAACUUAAGAGAGAGGGAAGAAAUUUUGGGCAUGAUCUUCAGAAGAUUUACGGAGAAGACAGCAAAUGAGUGGAGACAGAUUUAUAAAGCUCUACAACUUUUGGAAUAUUUGAUAAAACAUGGUUCUGAAAGAUUUAUCGAUGAUACUAGAUGUAGUAUAAGUUUGCUUAAAAUGUUAGAGUCUUUCCACUACGUAGACUCUCAAGGGAGAGAUCAGGGUAUCAAUGUGAGAACCAGAGCAAAGGCCCUUACUGAACUACUAGGAGAUGAUAAUAAGAUCAGAGCUGAGAGGAAAAAGGCAAGAGAAACUUCUAAAAAAUACAAGGGUGUUGCAGGUGGUAGCGCAGGCGUUGGUAAUAAGCCAUUUUUAGCAGGUAGAAGGAAGGGUAUAAGCGUAAGUGCUGAUUACGAUACAGAUAAUGAUGAUGAUGAUGAUGAUGACGAUGACGGGCUUGAUGACGAAGAAGAAGAAGAAGAAGUAGAGGAGGCUAGCACCGAGGAGUUAUCUCCGGCACCCAUAGGGGAAAAUUUGCUAGACAGCUCAAGAGAUGAUGAUAACGAGUUUGGUGAAUUCCAAUAUGCACCUCCCGUUGAUGCAAACUUGCUAGCAACAACGAAUGAUGCAUUUGGUACUUUUAACAGUAAUGCUGCGCCUGUUACGAUACCUGCAGUUACACCUGCAGUGACACAAACAGUCACGCCUGCCAUUGCAGCUGAACCAAAGAAACUGGAUCCUUUUAGUUCGCUAUUCUCUAGCGCCAAAGAGAAUACAAAUGAACCGUUACCAACAAACCCCAAGCCAACUCCAAAAUCAGAGCCACAGACCCAGCAACAUGAGUUAACAGACGAAACCGCUGCAGAGAACAAGACAAGCGAUACUAACAAUGAUGAUGAUCUCUUCGGAGAUUUGAAAGCCGCAGAUGCUGGAAACGAAGACUCAAAGAAAGAUACGACUGCUAAUACCGGUGAGGUGGAUUUACUAAGCUUUUGA